CGCAUCCCUCCGGGCCAUAUACCCGGGCGGCGGUGGCGGCGGCCGGACCGCACCGCACCGCACCCCACCGCACCCGGCUGCCUCUAUGGGUUUCCUGCUGCGCUGCGUGGCGCGGAGCCUGCGCGGCUGGGGGAGCCCCAGGCCGCUGGCGGCUGCGCCCUCCGAGCGCCUCCCCGGGGGGCGGCUGUACAGCACGGGCAUUGCGGGGCUUCAAGAGCGCACUCUGAUCGCUGUGAAGCCAGAUGGGGUCCAAAGACGACUGGUGGGGGAUGUGAUCAAACGCUUUGAGAAGCGUGGCUUCAAGCUCGUGGGCCUCAAGCUGCUCCAGGCCAACGAGGGGAUCCUGGCGGAACACUACCACGAGCUGCGCAGGAAGCCCUUUUAUCAUGAGCUGAUUCAGUACAUGACCUCGGGACCAGUGGUGGCCAUGGUCUGGGAAGGCUACAACGUUGUCAAGACUACCAGAGCCAUGGUGGGGGAGACGAACCCUGCAGAAGCCAAGCCAGGCACAGUCCGGGGAGAUUUUAGUGUCCAUGUCAGCAGGAAUGUCGUCCACGCCAGUGAUUCUGUGGAGACAGCCCAGAGGGAGAUCAGCCUUUGGUUUCGCAGCAACGAGCUGAUAGACUGGGACUGCUGUGAUCACAAAAUCAUGUACGAGCUCUGAAGGCCCCUGCCCUGAUGCCAGGCCGUCUGCCUCUGCUGACACGCUGCCUUUGAUCCUUAUUCUGGUCCUUUGAAUCCGGGUGUGCGGGGAGAUGGGUGUUAUUCUCUGCCCACUUGACCUCUUCCAUGGGGGGCAGGCACCACUUGCCCAUCUGCUUUGCUCGCGGCCGAGCACAUCGGACUCACCUGGCGCCGUGGUUGGGAAAUACGGAUGGACGUGGCCAGGAGACAGCAAAGUACAGGUCUUCAUAGGGUUCCCAUUAAAAAGCCGAUUU